CCUCUCUCCCUCCUGGUCGUCUUAUCUCAUAGCUCUACCCACAUGCUGUGCACGAGUCGAGACGUACGAUUAAAAAGACCCAUAAGUCUACUUUGCAGUUUCUGGUUCUUUUCUUCGACAUACCAAUUUUUGUGUAACUGUAAUUUAAACAACUCAUCAAGACCACAGUAGCUUGGACAGACAUACAUCCACAAUGGCAGCUCCAGAGAUCCCAAAGAAAUACAAGGCCGUCAUCUACGAUGAGCCAGGCAAAAUCUCCACCAAAGUCGUCGAGCUCGACACACCAGAGCCAGGUCCAGGCGAGGUCCUCGUGAACCUCACACACUCUGGCGUCUGCCAUUCUGAUCUCGGUGUCAUGACAAACCGCUGGGCAGGUCUCCCAUACCCAACUCAAGCCGGCCAAGUCGGUGGCCACGAGGGAGUCGGCAAAGUCGUCAAACUCGGCCCGGGAGCAGAGAACAGCGCCGUCAAAAUCGGAGACCGCGUAGGAAUUAAAUGGAUUUCCGCCAUUUGUGAUUCUUGCCCAGCUUGUCAUGCAGGACACGAUGGUGUUUGCUUUAAUCAGAAGAUCUCAGGGUACUACACUCCAGGAACAUUUCAGCAAUAUGCUCUUGCGCCAGCGAGCUACGUAACACCAAUCCCCGAAUCCCUCCCCUCGGAUGCCGCCGCUCCCAUGCUCUGCGCCGGUGUAACAGUCUACUCCGCCCUUCGCAAAUCUAGCGCCAAAGCAGGAGACUGGAUCGCUAUUCUCGGAGCAGGAGGUGGUCUCGGACAUUUGGCCACACAAAUUGCCUCGCGGGGUAUGGGAAUCCGAGUCAUUGCCAUUGAUGCCGGCAGCAAGAAAGAUUUGGCCAAAGAUUGUGGAGCAGAGGUCUUCAUUGAUCAUACGCAAGGUAAGGCGGAAGAGGAGGUUAAAGCUGCGACGGGAGGAUUGGGUGUUCAGGCUGUGUUGGUUUUGACUGCUGCUAAUGCGGCUUAUGCGAGCGGCAUGGGCAUGCUCAAGUUCGGCGGUACCCUGGUCUGUGUCGGUCUGCCAGAAGGAGACCUCAAGCCCAUUGCCACAGCUUUCCCACAGUUCCUCGUUGCCAAGGCACAGAAGAUUGUAGGCGUUGCGGUUGGUGAUCGUAAGGAGGCGAUUGAGACAUUGGAGUUUGCGGAGCGAGGAGUGGUGAAGACGCACUUCACUACUGCGAAGCCAGAAGAGUUGACAAGUAUCUUUGAGAGAAUGGACAAGGGAGAGAUUAGUGGACGUGUUGUGCUCGAUCUGUCGUGAGUGGAGAGGGAGGAUAGGUAGUCUAUCUCGCUUUUCGCUUCUCCGGCGGGGUGAGUUCGUAGGACUGCCAUGUACAUACGAGAUUCAACUCGACGGAGGCCGAUCAUGGUUCCGACUAC